UUCCGCCGGGACCACGUGACGGAGCGGAAGUGGGCGGUGGGACUUCAUUUCCCAUCGUGCCCCGCGGCGCAGCGCGAUUGCCGCGAAGGGUGCCCCGAUGCCGCCCCCGCCCCUCUCAGCGCUGCCGUCCGGCCCCAUCGCCCGCGCCAUCCUCUCCAAGCUGACGGCAGCCCUGCAGCCCACCCACCUCCACCUGGAGGACCACUCCCCCCGCCACGGCGGCCCCCCCGGCGCCGAGACGCACUUCGGGCUCCUGGUGGUCAGCGGACGCUUCGAGGGACUCAGCCCCAUUCAACGGCACCGCCUGGUGCACGCCGUGCUGUGCUCCGAGCUGCAGGGGCCGCUGCACGCGCUCAGCAUCGUCGCCCGCACCCCCCAGCAGUGGGAGGAGGACCCCCGGCUGCCCCAGCCGCCCCCGUGCAUGGGGGGGUCCAAGCGGGAGAAGCGCGAGGCUGAGGGGGACGCCGCGGCGCCGCGAUAGGUGCUGCGGUGUCGCGAUAGACGCAGUGUCGUCGCGAUAGGUGCUGCAGCGUCAUGAUAGAUGCACUGUCAUCGCGAUAGGUGCAGCAGUGUCGCGAUAGAUGCAGUGCUGUCGCGAUAGAUGCAGUGUUGUCGCGAUAGGUGCUGCUGCAGUGUCAUGAUAGAUGCACUGUCAUCGCGAUAGGUGCAGCAGUGUCACGAUGGACGCUGUGUCGUCGCGAUAGGUGCUGCAGCGUCACAGUAGAUGCAGUGUCAUUGCGAUAGAUGUUGCAGUGUCAUGAUAGAUGCACUGUCAUCGCAAUAGGUGCAGCAGUGUCACGGUAGAUGCAGUGUCGUCACGAUAGAUGCUGUAGUGUCAUGAUAGAUGCAGUGUCAUCGUGAUAUAUGCAGCAGUGUCACGAUAGAUGCUGUGUAAUCGCGAUAGGUGCAGCAGUGUCACAAUAGAUGCAGUGUCAUCAUGAUAUGUGCAGCAGUGUCACGAUAGAUGCUGUGCCAUCACAAUAGGUGCUGCAGUGUCACGAUGGAUGCAGUGUCAUCAUGAUAUGUGCAGCACUGUCAUGAUAGAUGCAGUGUCAUCGCGAUAGGUGCUGCAGUGUCACGAUAAACGCUGUGUCAUCACAAUAGGUGCAGCAGCAUCACGAUAAAUGCACUGUCGUCGCGAUAGGUGCAGCAGUGUCAGGGUAGAUGCUGUGUUGUGAUAGUGCUGCAGUGUCACGAUAGAUGUUGUGUCAUCGUGAUAGCUGUUGCAGUGUCAAUAUAGAUGCACCGUCAUUGUGAUAGGUGCUGCAGUGUCAUGAUAGAUGCAAUGUCUUCAUGAUAGGUGUGAAUCGUGAUAGAUGCGGUGUGUUGGCGACAGAUGCUGCAGUGUCACGAUAGCUGCCAUGUCAUCGUGGCAGAUGCUGCGUCAUUGUGAUAAAUGCAUUGUCAUCACAUCAGAUGCUGUGACAUCGUGAUAAAUGCUGCGUCAUUGUGAUAAACGCUGUGUCAUUGCAAUAAAUGCUGCGUCAUCGUGAUAAAUGCAGUGUCAUGACAGCUGCUGUGUCACUUGAAUAAAUGCUGUGUCAUCGUGACAGACACUGCGUCAUGCUGAUGGAUGUGGUGUCAUUGCGACAGACGCAUCGCUGCGAUAGCUGCUGUGCCAUCGCGAUAUAUUCUGAGUCGUAAUAAAUGCUGCGUCAUCGCA